GCCGGGGAAGCGCGAGUAAAAGACGUCGUGUAGUUUCUGUGCGUUUGUGCUAUUUUUCCUAGUGAAUCUGAAGUGUUUGAUUGCCCUGCUGGAAUAUUUUGAUUCUGCUAAAUCAUGGCCUAUACGAACAAAUUUAUCUACGCGACACUGCCGCGAACACAGCGAGGCCAACCGAUCGUGCUGGGCGGAGAUCCGAAGGGGAAGAAUUUUCUCUACACCAAUGGACACUCCGUUAUUAUUCGCAACAUCGAGAAUCCGGAGAUUGCCGAUAUCUACACGGAGCACUCGUGUGCGGUGAAUGUGGCCAAAUACUCGCCGAGCGGGUUUUACAUCGCGUCCGGCGAUCAGUCGGGCAAGAUUCGUAUAUGGGACACGGUGAACAAGGAGCACAUACUGAAGAAUGAGUUCCAACCGAUCGGUGGUCCAAUAAAGGACAUCUCCUGGUCGCCCGACAGCCAGCGGAUCGUGAUCGUGGGCGAAGGGCGUGAGCGAUUCGGGCAUGUGUUCAUGGCCGAGACGGGCACAUCCGUUGGGGAAAUAUCGGGCCAGUCAAAACCGAUCAACUCGUGCGAUUUCCGCCCGGCGCGUCCGUUCCGAAUCAUUACCGGAAGCGAGGACAACACGAUCGGUGUGUUCGAGGGUCCGCCGUUCAAGUUCAAAAUGACCAAGCAGGAUCAUACGCGGUUUGUGCAGGCGGUACGUUACUCGCCGAGUGGCCACCUGUUUGCGUCGGCCGGAUUCGACGGAAAGGUGUUUAUCUACGACGGUACGACAUCGGAGUUGGUCGGUGAGGUCGGUUCGCCGGCGCAUAGCGGAGGCGUUUAUGGUGUUGCGUGGAAACCGGAUGGCACGCAGCUGCUGACCUGCUCCGGUGACAAGUCGUGCAAGCUGUGGGACGUCGAAACGCGUACCCUGAUCAGUGAGUUCCCGAUGGGCACGACGGUGGACGAUCAGCAGGUAUCCUGCCUGUGGCAGGGAGAGCACAUUCUCUCGGUGUCCCUGUCCGGGUUCAUCAACUACCUCGACGUGAACAACCCAACGAAGCCGCUGCGCAUCGUGAAGGGCCAUAACAAACCGAUCACGGUGCUGACCCUUAGCGACGAUCGCAGUACGAUCUAUACCGGCAGCCACGACGGGGCCGUGACGAACUGGAACUCGGGCAGUGGAACGAACGACCGUGUUGGAGGGGCCGGGCACGGCAAUCAGAUAAACGAUAUUCGCGCGGCCGGAGACUUUAUCUACACGGCUGGCAUCGAUGAUUCGAUCAAGCAGAUCAGCGUCGAGGGCAACGUGUACACCGACGUGGAAGCGAAGCUCGCUUGUCAACCGCGCGGCAUGGACAUCCUGAAGGAGAGCAACACGAUUGUGGUUGGUUGUGUGAAAGACCUGACCGUGCUGCAGGACAACCGGAAGGUUUCGACGCUGCCGAUCAGCUACGAGGCGAGCGGUGUUAGCAUCAACCCGGAGACGAUGGAUGUGGCCGUUGGCGGUGAUGACAGUAAGGUGCACGUGUACACGCUGAACGGAAGUCAGCUGACGCACAAGGUCGACCUAGAGCAUCUCGGACCGGUGACGGAUGUUCGCUAUUCGCCGGACAACAAGUUGCUGGUGGCUUCCGAUGCCAACCGGAAGGUGAUCCUGUACAGUGUGGCAGAUUACAAGCCUCCGCACAACAAGGAAUGGGGCUUCCACAAUGCUCGCGUGAAUUGCGUUGCGUUUUCGCCAAACUCGGAACUCGUGGCCAGCGGGUCGCUUGACACCACUAUCAUCAUUUGGUUUGUGAACAACCCGGCCAAGCAUACCAUUAUUAAGAAUGCCCAUCCGCAAUCGCAAAUUACCCGGCUGGUUUGGCUCGACAACGAAACGCUGAUCUCGACUGGUCAAGACUGCAACACGAAAGUUUGGAACAUUGAGACUGCCGCCUAAGUCGUUGUCGGGUUGCGCCAGGAAAGGCCAGCUUCGAGCUGAAACUGGGAAUACAAACAAGUAAACAAUUGCGAAAACAAAAAAGGAAGGAAAGUGAGGAAAUUGCGAUAAGAACGAAACAGUAAGGCAGGGAAAAUACUGUACCCACCACCACCAACACCACCUUACCCCUAACCCUUACCCUUUAACUUUAACUCACAAGUCGUAUUUAUUUCGUUGACCUUUUCUGUUACCUUAUUGUUCGCUCCCUUAAUCCUGGAUGUAAAGGAGAAAGUCAGGACUUUCAGGAAGUCACUAACAACGUGUGCGGUACGGUACAAAGAACCUUAUUUUUGUUUGUGAGUGUGUUUGUGUUCUUCUUGCUGUUUAUCUGUUUUUAGACAAAUGAUUGUAUUAGAGAUUUGUAUUACGUUCACAUUUACUAUAAUUAUCCUCAUCCUAACAACUUACAAACCAUUUCUCAUUUGCCGUUACAUUCGUUAGAUUCACAAGUACAGGAGAAACAAAAAAACACUUUCGAAAAAUCACCAUUGAGCGUCAGCUUUCGUUUUAGUUUUGUCGGUCCAAUUUUAGUUUGUGCCUUUUUCUUGUCCAAAUGUAUCAUUCGCGUUUAAAAGGCCAAUGAUUACCACACAGUAAAAGUCCUCCACAAUAAGAGGCUUUGUGCAGCAGGAAAUCCAAAUAAUUACAGAUCGAGCGCAUGCAUUUGCAUUUAAUUUAUUGUUUUGCCAACCAUA